CAUGGGCACUGCCCAGGCUCCUCGCGAGGCAUUUUGGCGAGAGAUGAUAUGAGGACCACACCCCCCAACCUAAGGCCCUGGGCUGGGGAUCAUGUAAGAAUGUCCAUAUACGAUAUUCCACCAACUUCUCCAUAUCCUCCAUUUAAAGCAAGCUCCAGAGCGUCUAACCUCCCUUGCCUUCCAACAUUCUUCCAACAUUGGAAAGAUCUGGUAGCGCUAUCGCAAGCGAGUGCAUCGAUCUCAUUUCAACAUGCUCGCAUCGAGAGUCAACGACAUUCACGAAUGUGACCGCACCGGCACGGAAGUACUAUCCUCGAUCACACCACCGGCACCAGCGAGACAGAGAAGACAAUCCACGAGCGAAAUGAGCGCCAUGUACUUCAAUCACGAGCGUGGAAUCGCGGAUUACGCUGCAUGCAAUCCUUGUAGCACCUCAAGCGCGAUCAGAAAUGCUCAAUCUCCUCUGGGGUCAAGCACGGCGCAUGACGUGUCUUGUUGCGAGCCCUCGAGGAUCGCAACAGGCGUGCCAGUUGCAUGGCAAGGCGGAUUUACAGGUGGAGCAGCUAUAGGAAGUUUUGACUAUGACAAAGCCCAGGCGUCGAUUCCGUUUCAAAGCGGACCCGGGUGUUCUGAGCCUGGCGAGACAGAUGCCGUCGUCUCGGUCCGCGACCUAGGUUUUAGUGCGGCACCUUGCUUGACACACCAGUCCAACGGCCAUAGACCCAGCCAAAGCGAUAUCUUCAAACACACUGUAUGCACUGGGCAAUUUCUCAAGCAUGGUCAAUCGGCUGUGGACAUUGAGGAUGAAAUUCGAUACAAAAUCGAGAACAAUCUGCGCUUGAGCGAGAUGGACCAGGAGGAGUACCUUCCUGUUGAUUCAUUUGAGAACAUAUUCAAUAUCGAAACCAUGAUGUGUCUGAUCAAGGCAAUCUACGACACUGCCACGGACGAAUGUUUCAUUCAGAAGGCUGACCAGAUCUGGGGGGGUGCUGCAGGAAGCCGGCGAAGGAUAGUUGCCACGCUGGUACUGAUGAAGCAAACGAGCCGCGUCGAGGAGUUUAUCCAGGAAGGCAUAUUCGACCACCACUUACCACUUUGCCGCGAAAUAAAGAGCCGAAAAGAGUUCAAAACCUUCGUCGGGGAUGGUCGAAUCAACAUGACACUCUUUGAAAACUGGGAGCGCGUUCACAUCGACCUUUUCUAUUUCUACCAGAAAGCUAUAUUCGUCCCAUUCUUAAGCAUGGGAAGUAAGGAUAUCUGCUCCUAUGUGUUCAAUCGCAACAUCAGGCUUCCGUGGGAUAAGUUCGAGCAGAAAGUUUCUGGUGGAAACGGAACAAUCCACCGGCUUCAAAUCCACCAGAGUCACCACGACUACAGAGGAAACAACGUGUCAGAGAGCCCACCAUGCUUUGCAGUCAAGGAGAUAAAUGGUGCCAAUCAUGAAUCCUAUCGUAAAGAGCUUAGAGCCCUCGAGCAAUCAUGCGCCAAGGCACAGAAGGCGAAACAUCUGAUUAAAUUACUUCUUACUUUCCAGCACGGUAAUAAGCUCUAUCUUGUCUUUGAGUGGGCAGAUGGCAAUCUCGAGGAAUUCUGGAAAAAGAAACAGGUUCAUGCAUCUCCCUCGUCGACAAAGUGGAUAGCACAACAAUGCCGAGGUAUUGCAAAUGCCAUCAAACGCAUCCAUGGACUCUCAACAUGGCAGAAGGACGAGAGAUCGUCAAGCUCUAACUCUGAGGAACCAUUUGUCAAAGAUUGGGGGCGGCACGGCGACAUCAAGCCAACCAACAUCUUGUGGUUCUCGACCCAUGGAGAAGAUCGAGACCACCUUGUUGUUGCUGACUUAGGAUUGACCAGAUACCACUCCCGCCUUACGAAGUCACGCGUUAUGAGGGUGGACGGCUAUACUGGGACAUACCGAGCUCCUGAAAUUGACCUAGGCCUUCCCAUCUCUUCGAAAUAUGACAUUUGGUCCCUCGGAUGCGUUUUUCUUGAAUUUUGCAUCUGGUAUCUGCUUGGAUACGAGGAUGUUGAGAACUUCCAGAGAGACCGCAACCUCAACCGCGGUUCGGAUGACACGGAUGACAUAGAUGAACCUGAUCACAGUUACUUCGUGAUUUCGUGUAUGCCUCAAGGGGGAAAGCGAGCUGAGCUUCACCCAGCUGUACAGAAGUGGGUUGGGAUUCUGAGAGCAUCGGCAUUGUGUACAGACUUCAUUAAUUCGAUGCUGGAUUUGAUCAUGGAACGAAUGCUCGUCAUUGAUCGCAAAGAAAGAUACUCCAUCGAUUUCAUUUCUUCGGAAUUGUUACAUAUUGAAAACGCACUACCAGAAACAUCUUGUGGGCGGGCUCCUUUCCCCGGGGCCACAGAUAAAAGCUACCAGUCAUCAGAUCCAGAGUCUAUCAAGAAUCAUCUGCAAGUGCCAGGAUCGCCUGCAAACUUGGUCAGAUUUGCAGAGGGAGACUCUACCAUCCCUGAAAGUAUCAUGUCAAGUGUUUACCGCCGAAACCGAGCUCUUUCAGUGGCGUCCAGUGAUGCAGAUUUACUUGAAAAUCCAUGGAACAACCGGAGCACAGCUGCUACCAGUGUAUUAGAUGAAGAACCGGAUGAUCAUAAGUGGAGGCCGAUUGAGACAACGUUUUAGUCUGAUUCCAGUCACAGACAGCAUGCUUCACUACUAAACAUUAGUAAUGACAUGAAGGUAUUCAUAGUAUAGAGAAGAAACGGGGGAAGAGGGG